UGCUUGCGAUCGCGAACAUGCUGUGGUUUUGUGUAACUAGGUGGUACGGUAUAGGUUUUUGUCCUUCGGGUGCAGUGGGGAGGCCUAUUUCGUGAGAAACAAGAUGAGUUAGGAUGAUGUCAGGACCCUACACAUUUUUGAAAUUCUUGGGACCUGCCAUGACCCAAAGGCCUCAACUUCAGCCAAGCAGGGUUGAGAUUGGUGGGAAAGUCUGAAGGCUGAGCUCUUCUAGACAGUUGUUUAGUUGUGAUCAGUUUCUGUACGUUAUUAUUCACCCAACUUGUCCUUGACACUGAAAAAAAAACAUACGAAAAGAGAAUGCAAAUUGAUCAUUUCAUUUUGAAAACCCUGGAAUAACCAUACCAAGAAUAUCAAGGCUUCACACUGCAUUAUGGUUGGCACCAGUUGGUACAUGCAUGCCAAGGUACAUGUACGAUAAGUGGGAAUGUGCAACAUAUACAGUUUCCAUAAGAAUGAGUCCAAGAGGGAGACUGUUUGAAGUGCCCCUUGCCAAAGUAAAGUUCAACAGGUACCGGUAAAUCGUCCAGACAAGUUGGAGCCCAAAUUUGCACAGGAGGAUGGAAGUGCAGUCAGAAGCCAGUAAUUAUGCUGUAAUAUCAGAGAUUGGGACGGGGGCCUAUGGCACGGUGUACAAAGCUCGAGAUCUGGAGACGGGGAAGGUGGUGGCACUGAAGAAAGUACGACUCCACACGUCGGGAGAGGAAGGGAUACCAAUGUCAACUCUGCGAGAGAUAGGUUUGCUGAAACACCUUGGCCAGCUGGAACCACAAAAUAUCGUCAAGCUGCUGGAUGUGUGUCAUGGGGGUAUGACAGGCAACAAUGAGAUGAGUCUGACACUAGUCUUUGAGUACAUUGACAUGGACCUGGCCACUUACUUGGAAAAGUGCCCCUCGCCAGGCCUCCAGCCCUCCAAAAUAAAGGAGCUUGCCUUCCAGCUUGUCUCGGGCGUUGAUUUCCUCCACGGGCACCGCAUCAUCCACAGGGACCUUAAACCACAGAAUAUCCUGGUGACUUGUGACGGUCACCUGAAAUUGGCGGACUUUGGCCUGGCUAGGAUCUACGGCUUCCAAAUGGCUCUAACAUCCGUGGUGGUCACUCUAUGGUACCGGGCCCCUGAAGUUCUCCUACAGUCCCAGUAUGCCACUCCCGUGGAUCUUUGGAGUGUCGGUUGCAUAUUUGCUGAGUUGUUUAGACGAAAACCGCUAUUUUGUGGAAAUUCAGAUGUUGAUCAGCUCUAUAAAAUAUUUGAUGUGAUUGGUUUGCCACCUGAAGAGGAUUGGCCUGAAGUUUCUUUGCCUUGGAGCUCAUUCCGCCCAUCACCGCCUCGCCCUCUGGAAAACUAUGUCAGUGGCGCAUGCCCACAGGGGCUGGAUUUGUUACAGAAACUGCUGUGCUUCAGUCCUGACAAUCGGCUUAGUGCAACGGAAACUCUGGCUCAUGGCUACUUCCAGGAAGGCACAAGCCAAGCGUCGGCCUCCGAGGCCUCCACCAGUAGCUCUCAGUCAUCAGCAGAAGGCAAUAGCCAAGGGUCCAAUCCAGAAAUGGUGUGCCGGUAAUUGGUUGAUUUUGUCAGAGGGCAGGUUUUUUUCAUUUUGUCUUUUAACUGUGAGGUGCUAAUCAUCUCUCUUUGUUUCUGUAAUGUUACUGGUUGUUCAAGGGUGGAUCCAGAACCAAUUUUUUUGGGGGGGAGGUAAAAUUUGGUAAUUUCUUUAUGAAACCUUUCACAACCUCUUGGGAGGCUUUUUAUGCACUUUUUGAAAGAAGGGAAUUGAAAUGACGUGUAAAAUCACUUGUUUUUCCGUUCCCCCAAAUUUUUCCUUUUGAUAGGAAUGGUUCCAUUCCCCUACCCCCACCAGUGUGGUUGUGUCUCUUCAUUUCUUUUUUGGGGGGAGAGGGGAACAUGUAAUCUGAACUUGUUUGUGGUGUGUCUGUUUUGCUUUAAUUUGUUAUUUUUUCUGUCGGCCUCAGUGGACUUGCUUUAAAUACUUUAUUGUCAAUGCAUCAACAUCACAUGAAAUGUAUUAGAAUUGUACUAAAUUAGUACAGAGAUAUACUACGAAAGUUGUAGCUUUUGCU